UAACACACUUUUGUGAAAAAAAUAAAUAAAAUGGCUCUUGUUAGGCUUACUACUACACCCAUAUGUUUACUUGUGUACUUGUGUUGUUUUGGGGCGUUUGUUAAGUCAGCUUGGGGAGCAAAGGCUAGACAUUUUGAAUGGGAGGUUGAGUAUAUGUAUGGUGCUCCGGAUUGUUUGGAAAAUGUUGUGAUGGGCAUCAACGGUCAGUUCCCUGGCCCGACUAUUAAAGCUCGGGCCGGUGAUACCGUUGUUGUCCAUCUUACUAACAAACUCCAUACGGAAGGAGUUGUCAUUCAUUGGCAUGGAAUUAGACAGCUUGGAACACCAUGGGCUGAUGGAACUGCGUCAAUAUCACAAUGUGCGAUAAAUCCAGGGGAAACAUUUAUUUAUAGGUUCAAGGUUGACAAGGCAGGAACAUACUUUUAUCAUGGACACUAUGGGAUGCAAAGAUCAGCAGGAUUAUAUGGAUUAUUAAUAGUAGAUGUUGAAGAAGGGAAAAAGGAACCAUUUCAAUAUGAUGGUGAAUUCAAUUUGCUAUUAAGUGAUUGGUGGCACAAAGGUACACAUGAACAAGAGGUUGAUCUCUCUGCCAAUCCUAUGCGAUGGAUUGGUGAACCUCAGAGUUUGUUGAUAAAUGGAAGAGGGCAAUACAAUUGUUCAUUAGCAGCAGCACAUAGUAGCAGUGGUGGCCUUCCAGGGUGCAGGUUUCGGGGAAACGAACGAUGCGCACCAAACAUCCUACAUGUCGAGCCAAACAAGACAUACAGGCUGAGAGUUGCCAGCACCACUGCUUUAGCUUCACUCAACCUCGCCAUUGGGAAUCACAAGAUGGUGAUGGUGGAAGCUGAUGGGAACUACCUACAACCGGUUUCGGUAAAUGACUUUGACAUCUACUCGGGUGAGACCUACUCGGUUAUAUUUCGUACAGAUCAAAAUCCUACCGAGAACUACUGGAUCUCGGUAGGUGUAAGAGGAAGAGAACCAAAAACCCCUCAAGGGUUAGCUAUAUUACACUACAAGUCCACCACAGCCUCAAAAUUACCAAAACUCGCUCCUCCAACAACACCUCUUUGGAACGACUAUGAACGUAGCAAGUCAUUCUCUAACAAAAUUCUAGCCCUUUCGGGUUCACCUAAGCCUCCAACCACAUACCAUCGUCGAAUUUUCUUGCUCAACACACAAAAUCGCAUCAAUGGAUACACCAAAUGGGCUAUUAAUAAUGUGUCGUUGACCCUACCGUCAACUCCAUACUUGGGGUCAAUUAAACAUGGUUUUAGCGAGGCUUUUGACCAAAAGAGCCCACCUGAUACAUUUCAUAAUGGCUAUGACAUAAUGAGGCCCCCAGUCAAUCCUAAUACCACUUUUGGAAAUGGGGUCUAUAUGCUAAAGUUUAACAACACUAUUGAUGUGAUACUACAAAAUGCCAAUGCACUAAAUGCAAAUGUAAGUGAGGUACACCCAUGGCACCUUCAUGGGCAUGACUUUUGGGUCUUGGGCUAUGGAGAAGGCAAAUUUUCCAAGAAAGAUGAAAAGAAACUCAACUUGAAAAACCCCCCAUUAAGAAAUACUGCGGUUAUAUUCCCUUACGGGUGGACAGCUCUAAGGUUUGUCACUGAUAAUCCAGGUGUGUGGGCGUUUCAUUGUCACAUAGAGCCUCAUUUGCAUAUGGGCAUGGGUGUGGUUUUCGCCGAAGGGGUUCAUCUUGUGGGAAACAUUCCAAAUGAGGCUCUUUCUUGUGGCUUGACCGGUAAAAUGUUAAUGACUGGAAAGCACAAUUAGAUGGAGUAGUUAAUUAGCUAAGUAUUUAUUAUUUAAGGUAAGAUGCAUCAACUCAUCAAAUGUUGAGGAUACUUUGUUACUUAUCUUGUACUAUUUUGGUUUGCAUUUGUCUCUUACAAUUUGGAAGGGAGAUUUUUUUAGGGUGUAUCUUCAAUUAUAUAUGGAAAUGUUCAUUUGGGCUACGUAGCCAUUUUAUGUCAA